UGUGUUCGCUUUUCCGUCGUCCUGCUCCUGUUUCUGCAGAGACUCUGCAGACAGGAGAGAGACAGAGAGAGAGAGAGAGAGGUUAACAUAAACUGAACUCAAAAAGCAAAAACAAUAACCCAAACAAACCCUAGAAACUCUCCUUUUCAUGGAAAAUCUCUCACAUUCUCGGCAACCAAGCAAGUCCUCUGCUUCUCACUCCAAAAAAUCAUGCAAUGCCACCAACCUACCCUCUAGAACUACUUAUGAUGACGUCUUCGGAGGUCCUCCGAAGUUCUCUGCUCCGACUCUCGCUCCACGAGUCGAGGAUUACAGCGAAAUUUUCGGUGGCUUUCAAACCUCACGCGCCGCCUCCAUACCCGUGCUCGAUCUUCCAUUACUCGAGGAGGAAGAUGUCUUCUUUGAUGUUCGGAGCUCUGGCUUUGACUAUGAUGAAGUUUUUGGGGGUUAUGGUGAUCUUGAUUCUGCUGUUUCCUUUGAGGAAUUGAUAAUGGAACGAAAAGACGUCGUCACUGGUGAUGUUGACUCCUCUGAAGAAGCUUGGACCCCGCUGGAAUCUGAAUCUUUGUCAGAAGAAUCUGAUCAUUCUGGAAAGAAUCAUAGCAUGUCAAAUGGAGAUUCUUACGAGUCAAUUGAUGACACCAUGGAGUUCAACAUAUCCUAUCAUAAAGCUAGUCAAGGAAGUGAUGAAGACAUGUCAAAUGGGAUUACACAUGUGACUCAGCUACAAGCGGUUCCAGGAUUUACUUUUCUGGUUGAUAAAACCACCUCCUUGGAGAAUGUAUAUGAAAAUCCACCCUUGCAGGUGACUGAUGAAAACAAUUUUCACAUGGAUUUUAGUGGGGGAAUGAUAAAAGAUAAAAAUCUCAGAAAAACCAUGUCACAACCCUUUAGUCGUAGUGCUGGUGAACAGACAUUUGAAAAUGGCCUUAAAUCACAAAAAGGGUAUGGCAGAAACAACUCUCUCCCUAACGAAACAUUUGUAACUGUUUCUGAAAUAAGCCUUAGAACUCAACCUUUAGAAGUGCCCCCUCCCCGCCGGCCAGCACCUCUAUUUGAUGUGAAAAAGGGAGAUUCCAGUAGCGAGGUUAAAAACUGUAAAACUACUUCUCAAGGGACUGCAGGUGAUACUUCUCCUCCUUUCUUUGAUGUGGAGGUAGAUGCAAGUUCAUCUGCUGCAGCUUCUGCUGCUGCUAUGAAAGAAGUAAUGGAGAAAGCUGGAGCAAGACUGAAGACUGCGAAAGAACUGUUAGAGAGGAAGAAGGAGGGUGUUCAACGCCGCAAGAAUGAGAAGAAGGAGAUGGAGGGAAAGUCGUUUGCAAAUGUGGAUGGUUCCAGUUGUCUAAAAGAUGAGGAUUUGUGUGUCACUUUUGAAAGGCAUGACAUUGUUAUGAAGCAAAAAGGUACCAAGACAACAAAGGCAGUUGCAGAUUUAGUAGAAGGAGAAAAGUUUUUCAAGAUUGAUAAAGCUUUGCUGGAUAAGCAUGGACGACCUGAUAGAAUUGAUGGAGCUAGUGAGUGGAAAGAAGAAACACAAUUUUUUGAAUUAGUGAAAACAGAUAGAUCCACUUUCGAGCAGGCAAAGAGUAAAGAAAUUUUGGUGCCAAAUGCACAAGUUCAUGAGCACAGGCCGAAGAUAAAAAAGGCAAAUAGUGAAGAUCCCAAAUCAGGGGAAAAUGAGAAGAAGCUAAAGGUUGCCAAAGAAGCCUGUGAACAUCAGGAAAGAAAUGAGAGAUCAGACUCUAAAGCAGCUCGCAAGCAUAAAGGGCAUGAUAAGAAGCUAAAAGUGGCUCAAGAAGUUUGUCAGCAGGGAGAGAAUGAGAGGAAAUUUGGAGUGGUUCGAGAUCUUGUGGAUAUUGAGAAGAAACCAAGUGGAUCUGAUGAAUCAGAAAAGAAUGUUAAUGUGGCCAAGCAUCAGAUAAAGGGAAAUACAUCUGAAGGUCAUAAAGGUAUUAAGCAUCAAGUGUUUGAGCAACCGCUGAAAGAGACCAGGAGAAGUGUGGAAAAAGAAACAAGCUUCAAGGUCUUUUGUGAACAAGUAGACGACGAAAAAAGACAAAGGGAGUCGUUUGAGCUGGUAGAAAAUAAGAACAAGUAUAAACAGGAUGUUGAACAAGUAGAGUAUGAGAAUAGGCUGAAGAAGGCUGUAGAGCAGGAAGAAAAAGAUGAGAGAAAGAAGGUUGUUGAGCAGAAAGAAAAAGAUAAGAGAUUCAGAAAGGAUGCUGAGCAGAAAGUAAAAGAUCGGAGAUUGGAGAAGGUUGCUGAGCAGGAAGAACUAGAUUGGAGAUUAGGGAAGGUUGCUGAGCAGGAAGAAAAAGUGAAGAGAUUAAAAAAGGUUGCUGAGCAGGAAGAAAAUGAUAAGAGAUUGAAGAAGGUUGCUGAGCAGGAAGAGAAUGACAAGAAAUGGAAGGAAGCUCACAAAAGAGAAGAUGCUGAGAAGAGAGCGAGGGAGGCUCUUGAGCAGAUAGAGAAUGAGAAGAGACGUAAAGAGGAGAAUGAGAAACAAGCUGAGAAGAGAGCGAGAGAAGCUCUUGAGCAGAUAGAGAAUGAGAAGAGACUUGAAGAGGAGAAUGAGAAACAAAGGCAAGUUUUUGAACAAGAGCAGAAAACAAGGAGGCUAAAAGAGGCUUGUGAACAUGAAGAGAAUGACAAGAAGCAAACACAAGCUCCUGAAAUAGGAAAAAAUGAGAAGAGACAUGAAGCACCUCUUGAGAAAGAAGAAAAUGAAAGAAAACAGAGAGAGGCUUCUGAAAGUGAAGAAACUGAGAAGAGACUUAAAGAGGCUCAUGAAGUUGAGGAGAAGGAAAAGAAGCCUGAAAUUGCUGGUGACACCGCAGACCUGAAAGGAUUAAGCGAAUCACAUGAGCAAAUCCAAUUGCAUGAAAAUGGUAAGAAGCUGAAAAUGGCUGAAGAGCCUCAUUUGUACAUGGAGGGAGAAGUUCUUGGUGUGUCAGGCAAGGCAUGUAUGCUGAAUAACGAUGAGAACAUUCCAGCAACUCAACCAACUGGCCUAUGUGAGGAGAACAGUCAGAUAGAACAAGUCACUCAAAGAGCCUUUGUGCAUGGAGAAAAUGUUAAGAUUCUGUCUGAAAGUAGAGAUCAUGAAACGAAACUGGAAGGAGUUGAAACCAUGAAUGUACUGAAAAACAGAACUUUUGAAUUAUCUGGUACAGCCCAAGGCAACUUAGAACAUGAAGAGUGCGGAAUUAAGAAAGAAGAUAUUGUAGAACAGAAUGUGAAAAAAGGAGAAUCUGAAGGUGGUAUCGGAACAGAGAAAACUAAUAUUGUCUUCCAGGUAGACUCUGAUACUAAAAAAGAAGGGAGGAAAUUUGCUGAUGAACGGAAGGAGAGAGAAAAUAAUGUCAAGCAGGCCGAAGUUGGCUUGAAUCAGAAGGAAAAUAAGGACAAAUUCAUGCCAAAUCAACCAGUGAAGGAAUCUGUUCAAAAUGGAAGGAAACUGGAUGCUGAUCAGCCAUCGGUGUUGGAAGGGAAAGGAAACAUCCAGAAAACAGCUCAAUGGGUGAACACAAUCAACAGUGCUGAAAGAAAAGAUAAGAAUUUCCAGGAGACUCUUAUUUUGGAAGAGAAAGAAGUUGAAAAGAUGAAAAGGGAGAGAGAACUGGAAAAGGAACGUCUAAGGAGGAUAGAAGAAGAGAGGGAGAGAGAGAGGGAAAGAGAGAAAGAUAGGAUGGCUGUCGAUAUCUCAACACUUGAAGCUCGUGGGAGGGCAGAAAAAUCUGCUGUGGAGAGAGCAACUGCUGAAGCUCGACAAAGAGCUUUGGCAGAGGCCCGGGAAAGAUUGGAGAAGGCUUGUGCAGAGGCUAAGGAGAAAUCAUUAGCUGAUAAGGCAUCUAUGGAGGCCAGACUGAGGGCAGAGCGUGCAGCUGUAGAGAGAGCAACUGCUGAGGCUCGAGAGCGUGCUGUGGAGAAAGCAAUGGCAGACAGGGCUGCUUUUGAGGCGAGAGAACGUGGGACUUUUUCAGAUAAGUUAUCUACUUCCAGAAACGGUACAAUGAGACCAAGUUCAUCCAAUGAUCUACAGGAUCAGAAAUAUCAGAGUGCUGGCUCCUUUAGUGGUUCAAGAUAUCCAUAUUCCUCGGCUCAUGUUGCUUCAUAUAAUACUGAGAGAUCCGAAGAGAUUGAAGGUGAAUCAGCUCAGAGGUGUAAAGCCAGACUAGAAAGGCAUCGUCGUACAGCUGAACGGGCGGCAAAAGCUCUUGCAGAAAAGAAUAUGCGUGAUCUUCUUGCUCAAAGAGAGCAAGCUGAAAGAAAUAGACUAGCAGAAACACUGGAUGCUGAUGUCAAGAGGUGGUCAAGCGGAAAGGAAGGCAACCUACGGGCUUUGCUUUCAACAUUGCAAUAUAUCCUUGGGCCUGAUAGUGGUUGGCAUCCAAUUCCGUUGACUGAAGUCAUAACUUCUGCUGCUGUAAAGAAAGCUUACAGGAAAGCCACUCUUUGUGUUCAUCCCGACAAAUUACAACAAAGAGGUGCAAGUAUCCAUCAGAAGUACAUUUGCGAGAAGGUUUUUGAUCUUCUCAAGGAAGCUUGGAACAAAUUCAACUCAGAAGAGCGGUAGGUCAAACUUAGUGUGUAUGCUGAAUGCAUAAUUGCACUCAUCCUGUAAAUUUAUACCGCUUGUAAGUAACAUAUCAAUCAUGUCUAUUUGAUAAUUCAAGUCAUCUAUGUAGUUCGCAAAUCUAGGCUAAGCUUAGCUUAAAGAAAUAGGUAUGAAACAAACAUUUGUUAAAAGAAAAUGGGUAUAUUCGUUUAAAUAUAUGAAGCUCUUUAUUUAUUCUGCAAA